AUGGAUAAGCAAUUGAAUGAUGUUCUGACUCAAUGCUCCUCGACCAAUGGUGUCAUUGGUAUGGUUUGUGUAGAUGAGUCAGGUCUGUGCUUGAAGGCCACUGGAUCUGCCAACGCAUCAACCGCAGGAUACUAUAGAGCUCUGAUCGAGAAGGGAAAGCUAUUAAAGAACGAGACACCAAACAUUACUAUAGAGACUGAUUCAUCCAAUAUCUUUAUUCAAGAGACUGACAAGGUCACCUUUGCACUCCACAAGCUCCCAUAA